AUGGCGACCACCCUUCCAGAUCCCUGGCAGACGCAUCGCUCACAUCUUCCCCAUCGAAAAGGGCAGCGAUGGCUCCUCCCCUUUGCUCCGCUGCAGUUCGCUACCUACUCUAAUAGUUUAACGAAGAAGCUGAGCAAAAAAGGACCAUUUGAUCCUGAAGGCGCUGCUUCUCACAGUAGCAUGGGAUCAGUCAAGAGAUUGCAGCGGGUCCUUCGAGAUGAUUUGACAAGGAGCAAGACCUUUUGCCUAGCCUUUUCGUAUCAAAUCAAUUAUGCAUCAUUAACAAAGUUAUUCUUGGGCGUCCGUCUUAGUUAA